AUGGCGGAAACAUGCAUCGUUUGUUUAGGAGAUCUUCGCGCCGAUGUUGCCGAAGACCCACCACCGGAAGCUCCCGCAGCUGCGGCGGCCGUUGAUGCCAGCAAGGGCGGUGCCAAGAGCUGUACGAGAGCGAGCUCGAAAAGUAUCGAUGCCGAUGAAGAAAGCAUAGCCCAUCUCUUACCUUGCGGACACGAUCUGCACAAUGCGUGCCUCAAGCCUUGGGUCGAGCGCGCCAACAGCUGCCCGAUAUGUCGUGCAACCUUCAACAUGGUCGAGCUCAGCCGCGCACUUGGCGGCCCUGUCGUCGACUCGUAUGCGGUGCAGGACAAAGUCCAGGAGGCAGAAUUAGACCCCACCAUGGUAGUAGAGGAUGAGCUCUUCGCCGUCGAAACAUGGGACUCCUGCAUAGUGUGCGGUGCAGCUGAUGAGACGCACGAACUCAUGUACUGUGACGGAUGCGACAAAGCUGUCCAUGUUUUCUGCGCCGGAUACGAAGAGACACCGGAUGUUUGGUACUGCGAGACCUGCUUAGGAGACCUGGAAACUGAUGUGGGUUUGCCAGGUAUGGCGAACGCAAUGCGUCGUCAGCCUCGACGGCGUGCAAGAAUGCCAACUGCCCCAGCUCGUCGCCGACAGCGCGACAAUGAUGCAAUAUGGGCGAGGGUCUGGCAAGAAGUGUCGCGUCGCUUGGACCUGGACUUAGAUUUUCCGUUUGACGAAGAGGCGCUCGAUCAGCGCACGCCGCAGCAGCGGAGAGAACUCGCGCACUGGCAAAGGCGCAUGGAGGUCGCUCACCAACAAGGGGCUGCAACAGAUCGAAUACGAGAUAUUGCCUCCUCUCGGCUACAGCAGGCUCAGCCAAGGUCACAGCCGGAGCCAGAAUCGCAGGAUGAAAUUCGUGCUUGGAACGCUUUCGACAAGGCGAGAGAGUCUCAGGAUGCUCCACUAUCUGUGAGGCGCCGGAAGCGCAAAGCCACAGCUUCGCCGGCGUCGCCACACGAGCCAGAUCGUUCAGCGCAGCCUCAGCUAAAGCGUCCUAGGCUGCGAGCUCGGCCUGAAACGGCAGCGUCCAGCAUUGCGGCAGAGUCAUCGCACGCAGCUGCGCAACGCAACAAUGAUGAUCGCUCAACGUUUUUAUCGUCUUUGCUGAAGGACGUUGGAAACAAACCCAUCUCAGCUGGCUCGCCUGGCGCCUCUGACCAGCACCCGGGUCAAUGGUCACCACGCAACUCAUCACCUAUGAGGUCUCCGGUAUCGUCUGGCCACGCUACGCCAAGAGCCCUCUCGCCCACCCCACCACCGCAAGACCCACUUUCGCCGCCUCUGUUAGCUUCCGUUGUGUCGUCAUCGUCACCAGUGGCUGCUGUGUUCUCGCCGUUCUCGCCUACCACUGUGUCGCCCGAUCAUGCUCAAGCAAACGGUGUGUACCACCGUGGUCGACAGCGUGAAGUUAGUCUUAGACGGGGAGAUAACGACAGCGAUACGGGUCAUCGCGCAUCGUCCGGUUCACCUUUAGGCAAUCUAUCAUAUUCGGCCAAAAAGGAAAUACAACGGAUGGUGAAGCUUGCUCUCGCUCCACGUUAUCGCGACAAAGAGAUCAGCAAAGAGCACUACACAGACAUCAAUCGCGACGUUUCGCGCAAAAUGUACGAGUUGGUGGGCGAUGCAUCAGCAUUGACUGACCAAGCGGAAAGGGAAAGGUGGCAGAGUGUCGCAGAUAACGAAGUCAAGAAGGCUAUCUCGACCUUGCAUUUUGGGUCAUGA